AUGGCUAAGAUUGCGAUCAUUGUUUACUCCACUUACGGACAUCUCUAUAAUCUUGCCAAAGAAGUGAAGGCUGGUGUCGAAUCUGCUGGUGGGGUCGCCGACCUUUUCAGGGUCCCAGAGACUUUAUCUCAAGAGAUUCUCGACAAGAUGCACGCCCCAGCAGCCGACGCUGACUUCAAGAUUGCUGACCUUGAAACCCUUAAGGAAUACGACGCAUUCUUGUUUGGGGUGCCAACUCGUUUUGGUAACAUGCCUGCUCAAUGGACCAGUUUCUGGGGUGCUGCCGGGUCUCUUUGGGCGAACGGUGCAUUGUACCACAAGCCUGCCGGUGUGUUUGUCUCCACUAGUAUACCUGGGGGCGGUCAAGAAGUCACUGUCAGAAACUACAUGUCUAUCAUUGCCCAUUUCGGGAUGAUUUACGUACCACUUGGAUACGGUAAGGCUUUUGCUCAACUUACCAGUUUUGAUGAAAUCCAUGGUGGUUCUCCUUGGGGUGCUGGUAUGUUUGCUGGCGCUGAUGGUAGCAGACAAGCCUCUGCAUUGGAAAAAGAAAUUGCUGGGAUCCAAGGUGGUGAAUUCGCCAGUAUUUUAUCGCAAAAAUUCGGGUUUGAAUUCUCCAAGGAAAAGUCUACUGAUGCUACUACUACUACUACUACUACUGCUGCUGUUGCUGCUGCUCCAACUGAAGCUAAGGAAGCUGAAAAGAAAGCCGUGACAGAGAAGGAAACCAAGGCUGGUAAGGCCAGAAAAGACCAAUCUACCAAAGAGAAAAAGAAGGACAUUGCUGCGAGCUGCUCUAAAUGUGUUAUUGUAUGA